AUGUUUAAAGUUAUGUUUAUCAUUCUAUAUUGUUUACUAUUUUCAACAGUUUAUUCAUCAACUGAAAAUAAAACUACAAACGAAAAGCCCGAUAAAACAAGUGAAAAGCCUGGAAGAUUAUAUGAAUUUCAAUCAAAUAUUGAUUAUGUCUAUCAUUAUUCAACUGAUAUUCAUAUGGAUCAUAAAAUUUGGGCAGGUUCGGAAGAAAGUCAUAUAAAACGUCAUUCUGAUGCUGCAUUUCAUUUAUAUGCUCGUGUUAAUUUAACUAGUGUAUGGCGAAGUGCCGACGGCGAACAACAUUUAUUAAAACUUGAAUUAAAAGAAGCUCGUUUUGUUAAUCGAACAAAUUCACAUAGUAUGAUUGAUUGUUUAGCAUUAAGUACACUUACACAUUAUCCUGCAAUGUUUAUAUGGAAUCAAGGAAUAAUAUCUUUAUCCUAUUUUAAUGAAAAUGAUAAUUUAGCGGCUAUUAAUUUAAAAAAAGGAAUUAUAUCUUUAUUUCAAUAUAAACAAGAUAAUGCAUCUGAAACUGAUACAUUAGGAACAUGUAAAACAGAAUAUCGAAUGUAUGAAAAAAGUCUUGUAAAAGAUAAAUCGGAAUGUUCAAAUAUCAAAUAUAAUGAUGAAUAUAGUAGUGCUAAACAAGUAUUGAAUUAUUCAAUUGAUUUUCAAUCUACAUGUGUUUAUACAUUUGAUAAUUCAACACUUAAAUCAAGUUCAUGUUCAGAUAUAGCUUUGCCGAGAUUAAUCGUUCCUGAAGUAGCUGGUUUUCGUAUUAUGUCAAGAUUAAGUGUUGAUCUUAUGGAAAAAGUGGAUAAUGAUAAACAUCAAAAAUAUUUAAAUUCAGAUGCAGCAUUAAAAUCAGUUUUAAGUAUUACAGCUGAUCAAUAUCAUCCACUUGAAACAGAAAAACAACUUCAUCCAUGUGAUGAAUAUUGUGAAAAGUUUGAGGAAUUUAUUCGAGAUUAUAAUAAAAAAUUAGCACGUUCUGUUAUUGGUGAUCGAUCAGCAAGUGAUGUAUUUUUACAUUUGAUUGCACUUGUAAAAAGACAAAGUGAAACGACAUUAACUAAAGUACUUGAUAAAGCAUCAAAUUCAAUCAAAUUUACACUUAUUGAAGCAUUUGUAUCCGCACAAACACCUGCUUCAUUAAAUGCAGUUUUGAAAUAUUUGGAUAAUUCAAUGAAUGCAAAAAAUAAAGUUGAAUUAAUCGAAAUAUUUCUAAUGGCAAGUACGUUUGCACCAAGACCAUCGGAUUUAUUACUCGACAAAAUAUUGGAACGAUUACCAAAAUUUACAACUAUUGAUGCUCAACUUGAACAAAGUACUUAUUUAGCAUUGGGAGCUAUUACUCAUAGAUUAUUUGAUUUAAAUAAAACAUCAUCCGCUAUUGAAAAAUAUACAACACUUCUUCAUAACACGAAGAAAAAAGCAUUAGUUUAUUUAUCAUUAUAUAAUGCUAAACUUGAUUUAUAUCAAUCGAUUUUAAUCGAUGAAAUUCGUCGUUGUAAUGAUACGAAUUUAUGUUGGUUAGCAUUAAAUGCAUUAACGCAAUAUGAUCCGGAACGAUUUUCAACUGAAAUUAUAACUAUUCUUCGUUCAAUUUAUCAUGAACAAAAAGGAAGAGUAAAAACAAAUCUACAAAUUCGACAACUUUGUGGGCAAUUAUUACUUCGAACUGAUAUUUCAAUUGGUGACCUUAUGAAUCUAAUUCUUUCAGCUCUUGAUAAAACAAAUCAUCAAUUAGGUGUUUAUAUGUGGCGUUUAAUAUCGACUAUGGCUGAAAAUGAUGAAUUAUUUUUUCGAAAAAUCAAAUUUAUCUAUAAUAAUGGUUUAAUUGAUUUAACAUAUGAUAGAAUAGCUUAUAAAGGUCAAUCCGAUUAUUAUCGUCGACAAUUUUUACAAACAUUUGGUUUUGGUGUUUAUUAUACAAUAUCACAAUUAAUGAGUCGUCAUGGAGCUUUACGUGAAAGUGAUUUUGAUUUACAUAUUCAACAAUAUAAUAAAAAAGAUAGAUUUAAUCUUUUAUCUCUUGGUGUAAGUGCAUCAGGACUUGAAGCUUAUGUUAGUGAUGAUGGAAAAACAAGUGAUACACCAGAUGAAGAUCUUCAAGCAGAAUUACGAAUUACAUUACUGAAUAUGCAAUUACGACCCGUUGUUUUAUUUAGUGGUGUUACAGGACUUAUGUCUGCCGUAUGGAGUGCACCAUCAGAACUUACAUCAGCAUUUAAAAGUAAUAUAAUGAUACAUGAUUUAUCUCGUUAUAUUCAUCUUCAUAAUGGUCUUGUUGUUCAUUAUGAAGCUCAAAGUGCUGCUUCACUUGAUUUAUCUGGUAUGGCAUCUGUUAGUUUAUGGAAUAAAAAUUCACAUUCAGUUAUACGAGUUAGUUCGGGUUUUAGUGUUCGUAGUCAUGUGGAUAUUUUAAAUGAUUUUGUUGUUAUGGGAAUAAAUGCAACAACAAGUACAAAUAUUAUUGUUGAUUAUACAACUGAUGUUGAUUAUGCUGAUACACCAAUAAAUGUUUGUAUGCAAAUGAGUAUUCAACCAACGGAAAUUUAUGACAAUGUUGAUAGUUUUUAUUCAUUAAAACGAACAAAAGCUUUACGAUGGUUUGGUAGUCGUAUACGUCGUUUACUUGGUCAUGAUUACACAUUUACACAAAAAAAUAAUGCUAUGUGUCGACAACUUCAUGUGCUUUAA